AUGUCCAACAACAUGGCCACGAUCGCCGAAUCCCGAAAGGCAGUGGAACAGUUGAAGAUGGAGGUGCACCUCGACCGCAUGAAGGUGUCGCAGGUGGCAGCUGAACUCCUGGCCAAAGAUGACCCGCUGGUAACGUCAGUGCCCGCUGCUGAGAACCCUUUCUGCGACAAGGGCCUGUUUUGCGUCCUGUUCUGA